CAUUAGAAUUUGUGUAUAUAAAAAACGCCAUGCAACUCAUCAAUUUCAGUGUUAGUCUGUUUUAAGUAACGUAAGCAAUACAGUCCCGGAAAACAUGGUCACCUUUGAGGAAAUCGUUGAGAAAGCCCGCAGCUUCACCAACAAGCCCACUCAAGAAGAAUUCUUGGAGUUCUACGGCUACUACAAGCAAGCCACCGUUGGUGACUGUAACACAGACGAGCCAGAGGAUCCCAUCAGAAAAGCUCUAUGGAACUCGUGGAAGGAAAAGACCGGAAUGUCCAGCGACGAUGCCAAGGCUCACUACAUUGAAGUUUACCAAAAAUACGCACCUAAAUACCAGUAGAAUGUUUAAUUGAAUAAAUGUUAAACAACUUA